CUUUAGGAAACCAUCAAACGCGUUUUACCACUUAAAACCCUAAAAGCCCUCCCCUCCGGCCAUCCACCCACCCCAUCUCCGUGCUCGAGCAGAAUGGCACCGAAGAAAGGCGGAGCAUCGGCGUCGGACGGCGGAAUUAUCUCCCGCGUCUCGUCCUCUGUUUCACAGUCGCCAGUCGUCUACCGCGGCAAGAAAGCGGCAUCGGACACCGCCUUCGUCGCGAAGAAGCUCCUGAAGAGCACCGGAAAAGCCGCCUGGAUAGUCGGAACCACCUUCCUCGUGCUCAUCGUUCCGCUGAUUAUCGAGAUGGACCGCGAGCAGCAGUUCAACGACCUCGAGCUGCAGCAAGCUAGCUUGCUCGGCGGCUCCCCCAAGUAAAUUUUUGCAACCCUAAAUAAAUUUGGUAUUGGGUUUUUUUUGUAGGUCGGAUGGAAUUUAAGCGCAGCAAUCGACGCCCUUACCUCUUUUUUUCUUUUCAUCUUCAAACAAAAUUUUAUUACUGUUCUUAAAUUUCUGAGGCUCUUCGAUCCUCUAUGAUUGUACUAUGUGAAACCAUACCUUGUUUUUAAAUGUAAUGUUUUCAUUAAUCUUAGAACUGAAAUUUGUGCUGUAUUCGUGUGUAAUUUUUUAUAUUUAAUUUUGAAUUUUGCCGAGGGGGAAGUUGC